AUGGGUAGCAUUGCACCAGUGCUCGCAUAUGAUAUUAACCAUCAGUGGGCGACUCCACAUGCCCAACAUACAUUGGCCUCAUGGUCCGAGUUGAACAAGCACAUUAAGGCUGGUACCAUCCUUAUCGAUGGCCAGUCGUUGGAUGUCGCAUCCGUUGUCGCCAUAGCCAGAAACGGUGUUGGCAUAGCUCUUAAAGAGGACCAAGGUCUCAUUGACGGCAUAGAGGGGAGUGUUGAAACCCUACAGGGUUACCUCUCGAAAGGCUACUAUCUGUAUGGGGUCAAUACCGGCUUUGGGGGUAGUGCGGAUACUCGCACGCAGGAUUUGUAUGGUCUUCAGAGAGGAUUGAUGCAGCUUACACAGAGUGCCAUCCUGACCAAAGCGGACAAAUCAGAUGCCCCAAGUGGUCAUGAGUAUCUUGAGUCCCACAGUAUGCCUAGCGCCUGGACCAGAGCUACAAUCCUCAUUCGAUGUAAUGCCAACAUUCGUGGGCAUUCUGCUAUGACUCGCAAUGUGGUUGACAGCAUGAUUAAAUUGCUAGAGAACGAUAUUGUACCUGUCAUUCCACUUCGUGGCUCUGUCUCAGCAUCGGGUGAUUUGAUGCCUCUAGCAUAUAUCUCUGGGGCAAUUCAGGGAUCCCCAGAUGUAUAUGUGCGCGUUGGUGGUCAAAAGGGAUUACCGCGUGUCAUCACUGCGCAUCAGGCCUUGGAGGAGGCUUCAAUUACACCCAUUGUUUUGGGGCCCAAGGAGGGCCUAUCACUCAUCAAUGGAACGGCAGCUGCCGCUGCGGUUGCUAGUCUUGGAUGUUACGAAGCCAAUCAGCUGGCAGUAGUGUCGCAACUGCUAACCGCUUUGACGUCCGAGGCUCUGUAUGCCAACAAUGAGUGGGCACACCCGUUCAUCGCCGCAACGCGCCCUCACCAAGGACAGAUUGAGGCUGCGCAAAAUAUGCGGACCUUCUUGCGAGGCUCAAAGCUGUCUUAUGGCUUGGAGCAGACCAAAGACCGAUUCUCGUCUGGGCUGGCACAAGAACGCUAUGCAUUAAGAAGCUCACCACAAUGGCUCGCACCACAGCUCGAAGAUCUUCUCAGCGCCGAGAAGCAGCUCCAUGUUGAGCUCAACUCGACAUCUGAUAAUCCCGUCGUUAAUGUCCUCGACAACGAUAUCCAUUGUGGUGCAAACUUCCAAGCCGCCUCAGUCACCUCAGCCACCGAGAAGAUCCGUCUGGCAUUGCAAUCCAUUGGCAGAAUGCUUUUUAGCCAGACUAGCGAAAUGAUCAACCACGACCUCAGCAAUGGCCUCCCACCCAAUCUAGCAGCUGAUGAUCCCAGUAUCUCUUUCUGCCUCAAGGGCCUCGACAUCAAUACUGCCGCUUAUACCUCAGAGCUCGGCUUCCUUGCCAAUCCGGUCAGCAACCACGUUCAAACAGCAGAGAUGAACAACCAAGGUAUCAACUCUCUAGGACUCCUCUCCGCACGCCAAACUCUGGCUGCUGUCGAGGUACUUUCUAUGAUUGUUGCCAAUUCCCUUUACACCGGCUGUCAGGGCGUGGACCUGCGAACUCUCCACCGGACCUUUGUAACCAGUUUGGAAAGCCCCGCCCGCCAGCUCAUCACGAGCUUUUUGCCCGACGAGAGCUGGCCGGUAGCCACGGCGCAUAAAUUCUUUGACUCGUUCUGGAAACUUUUCGAGGAGGCUUGGUACGACGGUGUUGCGUACGAUGCGGCCGAACGAGCGCACAAAGCAUCCCAAUCUCUGACAACGGCUAUUGUAGCGCAAUAUGACCGCAUACCCGCGAUAGUAUCCAUUGAGAACGUUGCUGGGCUCUCCAAGGCGUUCGAAGCUCUUAUCCUGGACUCGUAUUUGGCUCAUCGCGAGGCGUUCUUCCGAAAUCCUACCACUUCUGAAUAUCUCGGACAGGGAACCAAAGCAAUCUACCUUUUCGUGCGCGAGAAAUUGGGAGUACCCAUGCAUAGAGGUUUGAUUGAGCACCCUGUUGCAGGAGAUAAGGAUGGUAAUAUGAUCGAUGGCCGUCCUAAAAAGACAAUUGGUUCCUGGGUAUCCAUUAUUUAUGAAUCGGUUCGUAACGGAUCACUAUAUACCGAGGUGUUCCAAUUCUUGGAAGCUGCAGGAAAUGUCAAAGUAAGCAAAGGAGCAAGCGGGACAAUUGGAAGCAACGGAAGCAACGGUGUUCAUUAG